AUGAUCGGCAUGAUGUCUAGUCCAGCUCGUCCAAUGGAUCUUGAUGACGAUGAUUAUUUUCCAGCAGCAAACUUUCAAUAUCGAUCAUUAUCGGAUGGUCAUCAGACGCCUGUAACAAAAACGAAUUUCUCACAAGACUGCCAUUUUUAUCAAACGCCACCUUUAUUUCGUAUUGUUCAUAAUCCAUUCGAUCCACCAACAUCAGCUCAUCUUAAACAACGUCUGGCUAGUCCUAGUAUAUUUCGUGCUCUCUCACAAAAUGAUGACAAUGAUAAAACACGAACGUCAGCAUCUGUUUUUGAUUGGUCUGUUGAACAACUAGCUGAACUACAUCCCAAAAGAUUUUCGGAUGAAAAUCUUAUUCAAAUCGACGCUGCUCUUUUUGAUGAAAACCUAAUGCAACGUUAUCAACGAGCUGCCUAUGAGUUUUGUUCAAGUAAACUUCAUUUACCAACACCGGCUGCACCCAAUAAUCAACAAGAAAAAGCUUUAUCCAUAGAUGAAUAUGGAUAUUACUGUGCAAAUCAACCAAUGACAUCGCCAUUCCCUCAUUUUGAUGUUAAGACAACAACAUCAAUAUUUCAACGAGAUUUUCAAAAUCGACCACCUGUUGACUUUGAUUCGUGUGUCAUGGAACAAUGUGAUGAAAUACAAAAUACAUCACUUGAUACAAGUUUUAAUAUUACAAAUCAAACAUCUCGUUUGUCGAAUGGUGGCGCACAAAAUAAUGUAUCACUGCUUAAACGACGUUUAUUCGAAGAUGAAGAAGAGGAUGAUGUUAGCUUCCUUCCUGACGAUAAUGAUCAGUAUGAAAAUGGAUCUGGUGAUGUUACAAGUACUCAACGACCAGAUUUACCACCACCUCAAUGUGAUAGUGAAACAGAAGAUGAUCAUCGUAUUUCAAGUUCCUCUAAUCGACUACAGAAACAACUAUCAAUAUCACCCAUCUUAACAUCAUCGUUUCUCUUCGAUGCCGAUUGUUCGCCGAUAAAAAAAGAUUAA